GUGAUAAGUUCUGUCACUGCCUGGAUUCAACCUGUGAUCGGUGGACUGGAUUGUGUCCUGGAGACUGUAGAUCAGGGUGGCAGGGACAGAGAUGUGAUACAGCUUGCAACAGCACUACCUAUGGCAUUAACUGCAACGAGAUAUGUGCUGGGCGGAAGUGUCAGCUUCAAAUUCGUCAUGUGACCGUCACACUGGAGCAUGUGACACAGGAUGUCUUUCUGGGUGGAUGGAGGUUAACUGCACACAAGAAUGUUCCAGUGGAAAGUACGGCGCAAACUGUACUAGUCUUUGCUCUGACAGACACUGCGCGGGAAAUUCAUCAUGUGAUCAUGUGACUGGGUCAUGUGAUUCUGGAUGUAAAGCUGGAUGGGUGGGUGUCGAUUGUAAAGAAGAAUGUGAUUCCAAACAUUAUGGAUCCAACUGUCUUAAGAUAUGCUCCUCCAGAAACUGUGAUGGUAACUCUUCCUGUAACUCAACAGGGACCUGUGACAGUGGAUGUCUGACAGGGUGGAUGUAUCCUGAUUGUACAGAAUGUGAUUCCCAACAUUAUGGGAACAAGUGCAACAUGAGUUGCAGCUCCAGACACUGUAUGAAGAACUCUUCCUGUAACGCAACAGGGAUCUGUGUUGGUGGAUGUGAAGCAGGCUGGACAGGGGAUGACUGUACAGGGAAAGUUGCCACACAUACCCCAAGUCAGCAGCCUGAAGCCGCCUCUUUUCCAGUCGCUGCUGUAGUGGGAGCUGUAGUCGUCGUGGUGGUGAUACUGCUGCUGGUCCUUGCAGUCAUCAUGAUCAGAAGAAGACGGGGGGAAAGUCAUGGACGCUCUGCACACAAGACAGUGUUUCCUGAUAACGUGAAAACGACACAAGCGGAAGACAUUGGCAUGUACAUGAAUAUCGGAUUUGAUAACGACGAGAAACCAACGUUGUCUCCAGAGAAGACAUCAGCUAAACAAAUGAAGGCUCAUAGGCAGACCGAAUCCGAAGGCAAUUCAACAGGGGAAGCUGUAUCUACAACUGGAAGCAAGGAUACGGGUAAAGGCGGAACAGCUGACCUUGACCUUCAGAAAGUGGAGGAGGAAGAGGAUUAUGACGUAUCUGAGCAGCCUGCACAGGUUGAGGACAAACCAGAGGGCCCUGACAGAAACUACUACAACCUGGACGACAAGGGACGGGAUCACGUGAUUCCUGUGUCAGAAUUACACAAAAAAGGUGGAAGAAAUGACUCCAUCAAGUACAGAAGAAGAAUAUAAGCGCCUUCCUGAUGGUUAUGUACACUCCUAUGAUGAAUCACAACAAC